AUGAAGAAGCUCAAGUUCUGGUCAAAAAAGAAGAAGAAAAAGAGAGCUCCUCUCCUUGAGCGACCACCAUCACCGCCACCACCAAUCCUCCCAUGCUAUUACCACUGCCCUUAUAAUUACCCAGUUCAGCCGUCUGCACCGCCCUUGCCACCUUGGUUCGAGUACGUGCAGCCAUAUGAUGACUCAAUUUACACAACAGAGCAAGUUUCAGGUUCAACAUCAGACAAUUCAAAUCAACCUAAUGGUAGUACUAUUUCUCAGCACAUCGAUAAUGUUGGUGAAAUCAAUCAACCAAAACAAACACUGUCAGAUCAUAGUUUGCCUCAACAGUAUAUGGUUCAGAAUCAAGUGUAUGGCGUACCUGUAAGAACAGAGAGAGCUGGUGGAGCUUUUGGAUGUGUGAUCAAUUUUGGAGCUCAUUUGUUCCGUUGCUUCUUUCCUUGCUUCCAUAUUCGAGAACUGAAGUAA